AUGCUCCAGAGAGACAUGUGUUCCCCGAAAACAAGUACCCUUCCUUCAUCUUCUACCACUCCCAGCCUGCCUCCUCCCCACGUGCAGGAAGAUAAAACCCUGGUGGCUGCCACGCUUUUGGCCCUGGAGACGGGGGACUUAACUCCACUGAUAAAGGAGGAACUCAAAUAUACUAUACAAUCUAGACGUGUAUCGGCAGGCAAAAAGGAACUUCGAGUCGGCUUUAGGCAGCCUCAGACAUAUAAGUUGACGCCCGAUGAAGUGAUAAGGGUGGAGAGGAGAAGAGAACAAAAUCGACUCGCAGCCCAGAAAUUCCGACGAAAGCAGAAGAACGAGUCAGAGCGGAUACAGAAACUUGAAACAGCGAACACAAAGCUACGGGAGGAACUUCGAUGUCUAAGGGAGGAACAAAGUCAGCUCUUCUAUCGCUGGACGUCACAUGUGUCCGUUUGUCCAGCAAGACUGGACAACCACGGACCCGAUACCAACGCAUACGUCCUCGGACACGGUACCCCCGGGGUCGACGUCACCUGA